AUGGAUCACCAGGAGGACACAGAAUCUGAGGAGCAUUUAAUUCAAAUCAAAAAUGACAAAAGUGUCCAGAACAAAAUGCAAAGGGAAAACAUAUCCUUUGGACAAGUGGGUAGCGGUAACUAUCCAGAGAAGAUCGAAGAUGUCCAUUCCAUCUUGUUCAAGAAAUUGCUGGAAGAAGUUGAUAAAUGGCCCCCAUCAUCUUCAGAAGGCGAGAAGAACCUCAUUUUGCUGAAGACGGUGCAUUUGAAAACAGAGAAAGAUAAUAUCCAGGGGGCUUGUUUAAUUGAUCACCCAGUGGAGCUGCACACUAUGUUACGAAGGGAGGCAGACUUCAUCCACUCGUUGGUGAGAAUGCCAGAUAGCAUAGACAUUCAAGAGAAACCAGGGAAAGUCUUGGCCAUAAGUUUGCCAGAAGACAUUUAUGCACUCCACGAGAUAGAAGUGAUCAACGGUCCAAAUGAAACACCAGGACUUCAUGAGGGGAGAUGGUCAAUUGAGAGGGAUCCAAAUAUUCCUGGGAUUCAGCCUCCUGCAGCCUGCGGCCCUCCAGAGCUCCGUUUUCACUGGCAGAGGCACUGUGGGCCAAUCCUUCGCUGUGUCCAGGGUGGCCCUGUGGGCCAUAUCGAAGUACCCCAUGAGUUUGACACCCCUGAGGUUGAUAGAGAAGAAAAAAGAGCUGGAGGUGGAGACAGGGACCAGCAGCUCCUUGUAGCUGAAGAGGGAAGGAUUAUCUCUCUGCCUGACUCCGAAGCAGCAGAUAUUCCAAAUGGAGCCACACGAUUGCACAAUUCUGAAAAUAAAACCCCGAGCAAGGACCGUGUAUCCCAACCUCCUGUUGCAAUCAACGGUGACGUUUCUUCAGAAAUCCAAGAGGGCAUAGUCCAGCAAGGGAAAGGAAGCAUUCAGCAACACUGCAAUCUCUGUCUGUUCACCACGUUCAGUCUGUCUGGCCUUAAACGCCACAUGAAGAAACAUUCCCACGAUAAGCCACACCAGUGCCACAUCUGUCUGAAAGCUUUCCGUACGCUUUCUCUGUUGCGCAACCACCUGAACACUCAUACAGGGACCAAGCCACACAAGUGUAAUGAAUGUGAUAAGGCCUUUGUGACAGUGGGGGAACUUUCCCGCCACAAGCGAUAUAAACAUACUCUGGAGAAACCCUUUAAAUGCUCCGUCUGUAACUACUGCAGCGUAGAGGCCAGCAAAUUGAAGCGCCACAUUCGCUCACAUACAGGAGAGCGUCCUUACAGUUGUACGGUGUGCUCCUAUGCUAGUAGGGACACUUACAAAUUGAAAAGACAUAUGGUAACUCACUCAGGUGAAAAACCCUUUGAAUGUGUGAUUUGCAAAGCCAGAUUCACACAGGCUGGGACUUUGAAGUUCCAUGUUUUGCAUAAACAUGGGGAAAAUGUACCAAAAUACCAGUGUCCACACUGUGCCACCUCCGUUGCCCGGAAAGGUGAUUUAAAUAUCCACCUGCGAAACCUGCAUUCUUACAUUGAGAUACCGGUCAAGUGCAAUUAUUGCGAUAGUGCCUUCCAUGAGCGUUACGCUCUGCAACAACACAAGAAGAUACACAGAAAUGAAAAGAAAUUCAAGUGCGAUCAAUGCAGCUACACAUGCAAACAGGAACGCUGCAUGACUGUGCACAAGCGGACACACACCGGUGAGAAGCCCUUUGUUUGCCUCUCCUGCAACGAGGGCUUCCAGCAGAAACAGCUCUUAACCAGUCACUUCAAGAGACACCACGACUCCACCUUUGAGCCAAAGGUCUAUGCAUGUCCCAAAUGCAGCAAGGGCUAUUCACGUUGGAAUAACAUGCUCAAGCACACUGAAAAGUGCAGAGAGACAAGAGCUGCUGAAAGCUCUCCAUCCUGCAAAGCAAGCAAGAGGAAGAAAAGAGAAGAGAGUAGUCAUCCUGUAGCCAAAGAAAAAGAAGCUGUUUGUGUGGACGCUCCAUUCUGUACCCCGUACAGUGUUUCUCACGAAGCACAGGAGAGGAAAGAAACUGCUCUGAAUGGCAGUAAAGCAGGAAUUUCUUGUGAGAUGAUCUUCAAUUUGAUGGACAAGUAG